AUGGAAGCGUUCCGGGGGACCAGCAUGGGCAUGGAUUUCCCCGACAGGUAUCACCAGAACAAGGCAGCCUACAACACGUUCAUGGGCCCCAAAAAGGCGCUGGUGCUAGCCAUCAGCGGCGACCAGAUUGUGCACUUGCUGUGGCGGCUACAGAAUGGUGAGGGCCCCAAAGGCCUCGACCCCCAGGUUGUCACCGUCAUGAUUGGAACCAACGACCUGGCGCACCUCACAUCCCUGCUCCAGGCAAGAGUUCCCCGUGAUGAUGACGAGCGCAUUGCUGCCACCAUCUCGCGUGGGGUACAGCAGAGCGUGCGGGAGGUGCAGCAGCAGGCGCCCCAAGCCACCGUCAUCGUGUUUGGGCUGCUGCCGCUCCAGCCCAUGAUGCUGCAUGCCCCGCAGCGGCUGUUCGAUUCCAAGGUGGAGGCAGCCAACAGAGCAAUUGCAGCUUUUGCAGCGGGGGAGGCCUCCGCGAAGCUCAAAUUCAAAGAUUGUGGCGGCGACUUUGUAGAUAAAAGCGGCGCUAUAAAGCAGGAGCUCAUGCCAGACGGCGUGCACCCAGCAGGGGGUGGCGCCGACGUGUUGCUGAAAUGCAUGCUGGAGGCGAUAGGGAAGUGA